GCUGCGAAAGGCGGACGACUGGAGCCGUUGGACCGGACGCGACUCGAAGGAGCGGGGAGAGCGCGGGACGCGAGUGCAGAGCUCGGAGCGUGGACCAGGGCCGGCGCGAUGGGCGGGGAGCAGGAGGAGGAGCGGUUUGACGGCAUGCUGCUGGCCAUGGCGCAGCAGCACGAGGGCGGCGUGCAGGAGCUUGUGAACACCUUUUUCAGCUUCCUUCGACGCAAAACAGACUUCUUCAUUGGAGGAGAAGAGGGAAUGGCAGAGAAGCUCAUCACACAGACCUUCAGCCACCACAACCAGCUGGCACAGAAGGCCCGACGGGAGAAGAGAGCUCGGCAGGAGACCGAGCGGCGGGAGAAGGCGGAGCGGGCGGCCAGGCUGGCUAAAGAAGCCAAGUCAGAGACCACCGGGCCCCAGAUCAAGGAGCUGACUGAUGAGGAGGCAGAGAGGCUGCAGCUGGAGAUUGACCAGAAAAAGGAUGCAGAGAAUCAUGAGGCUCAGCUCAAGAAUGGCAGCCUUGACUCAACAGGGAAGCAGGAGGCUGAGGAGGAGGAGGAGGAGGAAGACGAGAAGGACAAAGGAAAACUGAAGCCCAACCUGGGCAACGGGGCAGACCUGCCCAAUUACCGCUGGACCCAGACCCUGUCAGAGCUGGACCUGGCAGUGCCCUUCCAAGUGAACUUCCGGCUGAAGGGGAAGGACGUGGUGGUGGACAUCCAGCGGCGGCACCUCCGGGUGGGGCUCAAGGGGCAGCCGGCCAUCAUUAACGGGGAGCUGUACAAUGAAGUGAAGGUGGAGGAGAGUUCGUGGCUCAUUGAAGAUGGCAAGGUGGUGACUGUGCAUCUGGAGAAGAUCAAUAAGAUGGAGUGGUGGAGCCGCUUAGUGUCCAGUGACCCUGAGAUCAAUACCAAGAAGAUUAAUCCUGAGAACUCCAAGCUGUCAGACCUGGACAGUGAGACCCGCAGCAUGGUGGAAAAGAUGAUGUAUGAUCAGAGACAGAAGUCCAUGGGGCUGCCUACCUCAGACGAGCAGAAGAAACAGGAGAUUCUGAAGAAGUUCAUGGAUCAGCACCCAGAGAUGGAUUUUUCCAAAGCCAAAUUCAACUAGCUCCUGUGUUUGCCUCCCUGAACUGUGGGGGCGGGAGCCCCCAGCCAUAUGGCUUCUUUUCUCACCCUUCUCUGGGCCUUGGGCCUGGGGCAGGCAUGGGACUGGCUCAGGCAUGCAGGUCCCAGGGCAUCAUGGGAGAAGGGCUGGGGCCUUGGAGGUCUUGUCCUCCCCAAUUGGCUACUGUUCCAUAUUAAAGCUAUUUACCCAGCUCUA